GUCGAAACUCGACAACAACGUGCUCCAACCCUUCUUGCCACCACAUAUCCAAACACAACCCGGCACAAUGGCAGCGCCCGACGCCGCCCCAGUGCCCCUCCGCCUCCCCGCCAUCCUCCAGAACAGCCGCGACCGCUCCCUCCGCCAGGUCGAGGCAUACAACGCCCAGCAGCGUGAGAAGGCUGCCGCGCGGCGCGAACAGCGCAAGGACGAGGUCGUCGCGGGGCCAAGCAAGCGCGGCAAGCGGUUCACGCAGCGCCUGAACAACUCCCAGUUCAUCGACAACCCGCACAUCUCUGCGCCGCGGCGCAGCGACUUUGCCCCCUCGGUGCCGCUGCACCAGCGGCCUCUGCGCCCCGCGUUCCCCUCGGACGCGAUCGAGCGCUCGGCGCCCAUCGCGCCGAGCGCAGCGAACCGGCGCGACCCGCUCAGCCGCUCCUCGCAGGCCGGCGCGUUCAGCACGAGCCUGAAGGGCACGCGGGCGCUCCUGCGCCGCGGCGGCCGCAGGGCAGAGGUCAUCGUGCCUGCGCUCGAGGGGGUCGUGCGCGCGUGGCUCGGCGGCGAGUUUGGCGUCGCGGACGGCGUGCUGCACUGGCGCGUGCUCGAGUCCACGCCGGUCGAGGUGUCCAAGGGAGCACGGACGAGCGGGACGAAUGGGCACCGCGUGCCCCCACAACACCGGGUCGAGGCACCGCUGCCUCCACUGCCAGUGCAAGACGGCCACGUUCCCGCGCUGCUGGAGCUCUCGCGCUCGGCAGCGCACCUCUCCCUCGCUGUGCCCGACAGCUUUGAUAGGCUGGUGGUGCACCUCGUCGCGCGGUACUAUGACCUCGUAUCGUGGAGCGAGAACGAGGCGACGGUGAAUGGUGAGGUGGUGCGACUCACACACCUCAUCCGGCCGGUGGUGGCGCGCGCAAAGGCUCCACCGGCAAGCCACGCGCUCGUCACCCCGGAGACGAGUGACGUCUCGGGACACUCGGCUUCCGAGGCGUCCGAGGCCACGGAGCGCGAGUCGGACGGCUCGGUCACAGAGCAUGAGGACGCUGCGAGCGAGCCUGAUACGUCGUUCCAGAGCAUCUCGGAGCGGUUUGGCCUCGUCGGCGACGGCGACGACGACGACGAGGACUGGGAUAAUGUGGAGGAGCACGUUACGGCGCGGUUUGGUGGCCUCGGCCUCCACCGCACGACGUCGCAUGGCUCGUCGGCGUACGCCGGCUCUGAGGGCGGCUUGUCCGAGUCAGAGGCGCUCGCAGAGAGCGUGCUCCAUGCCGACGAUGAGCGGAGCAGUCUCGGCGGAGGCGACCACUCGCCCCUCGCGUCGACCGUCGCGUCGCCCGUUUCUUCGGUCCACCCGCUGCCACCUGUGCGCCGGGGUCCGCCUCAGCGCCUCGGCGGGAACGGCGACUGGGAGGACAAGCCGACGUUCUUCGACCACUUGUUUGGCGAGUAA